UCAGAUUACAUGUCACAUGAUUUCCAAAUUUCUCCGCCCGGGUGGAUAGACCGCUGACGUCAAUACCCAGUUUAUUCUGGUAUAUGUUUCCAGGUUGAGUGUUAACACGGGAUCUCUAAUUUAAGAACACCACUAUUCAGUCACGUAUGCACAAAUCAACCAAAGCCCUCUCUCAUUCAACUUGUCUUACUCAACAGAAGUUUACGGCAAAAAGGUUGUUUGACUGCAAGAGAUAACCGCAAAUAACAGAACACCAACCCACCUGGGAACUCGCCAUGGCUCUUCACGUGUGUGCCGUGCUGAUGGUGGCAGCCAUUGGAAUCGCACAGUCUGCUGAUCUGGACUUUCACAAGAAACCAGAGUGGUCGUACCAAACAGAAAUAGACACCGACAUCGAGAUCCACUGCAACGACUCCGAUGCCGUUGUCCAAGACGGCGAUAUGGUUAAGUGGCACUCUCCGAAAGGUAUGGCAAUCAUGACCAGCAGUGACAAGUACCGCUUGUCAGACACAGGGCCUGUCCGUGGAAUCACGCUAACGGUGAAGCGGGUUCAGCAUGAGGACAGUGGUGUGUACCUUUGCAUGGUUUCCAGAAACAUGUUUUUUGUCAGAAAGAUCAACCGAGCAAUCAACUUAUAUCAACCUAGCAUGCGGGACAAGUUCGACAUGUACCGGAACAACGUCAUGGUUGGCGGUAUUGCCGCUGCCGUCUUCUUCGUUCCGCUGGUGGCAAUGUGCGCCAUCUACAAGUGGCGCUUCAAGACGCAGGAGGAUCGGGAUGCGUCGAAACAUGCCAAGUACCUGCUGAGAAGACAACACGAGGCCGAGGCUGGCGAGCUUCCCACGAAAUCUGCCCCCCACAACGGCGCCGCUUCCUAUGAUAAUCCAGUUUUUUCCCCUAAAGAUGCAGAAUCCACACAUCUGUAAACAAAAAUAACAAAAGAAACGUUUUCCCCUAUUGUUUCUUUUGCCGUUGAUGUGGAAGGGAGGUUGAUGUCCGAGGAGUAAUUUUAAGUGAAAUAACCAUUCGUAACUACUCGCCUCUUUCCGUGACCUACAAGAA